AUGAAUCACUUAGCUGGAGGAAUUACUCCUGAAGAAGAGCAAACCGAAGAACUACUCUCAGAUCUCGAAAGCGCAUUUGAAAAUGGAGAGUAUGAUCCCGAGUGGAUUAACUAUGAUCUCCUCCGGUGGAAUAUUUGCAACUGCGAGGUACAACAUGGCCCUGAAUGCCGACAGGUUUAUAUCAAUGUUGAAAGGCCUCUUCUAUGGCUUAUCGACGUGCAGGAACAUUGCUUGGUUGAUGCGAGAUUGUACCCCACUGCAAGAUAUGCUGCUCUAAGCUAUGUUUGGGGUGGAGAUCAAAAGUGCAAGACUGAAUUGUGUAACAUUGAAGCACGCCAGCUACUAGGGAGCUUGUCAGAGGAGAACAAAGGAGUGGAACUGCCACAAACUAUUCGGGAUACUAUACAUUUGGUUUGCCGCCUAGGAAUUCGGUUUCUGUGGGUAGAUAGUUUGUGCAUAGUGCAGGAUGAUACGGAUGCAAAGCAGUCUCAGAUUGAUGCCAUGGGCUCCAUCUAUCGCCAGGCAUUUGUAACGAUCAUUGCCUGUAAGGGAGGACACGCCGAUUUUGGUCUGCACGGGCUUCGAGAUGUCUCUAAUCCUAAACCAAGGGACCGAAAAUCUGCAGCAGAUGAGCAUCAACUGCCCUGGUAUACGCGUGGCUGGACUUUCCAAGAGCUUGUCUGUUCCAACCGGAGGAUUAUAUUCGCGGACGAAUUCACGUGGGAAUGCUCCCACACCGGACAGUCAGAAAGCACUGGAACGUGGACAGGGCACACAAGCGUACCAAUGAGUCAUAUCUGGGGCCGCGAUUUUAAUUUCUUGAGCGCAGACAUGCAAAAGUACGGCGAGAUAGUCGACGACUACACCAGUAGGAAUCUCACUUUUCCGACCGAUAUACUAUAUGCUUUUAAAGGAAUCCUCUCUCUCCUCGAGCAAUCCUUCAAGGCUGGAUUUCUGUACGCAAUACCAGAAGACUUCUUCGAUAUUGGCCUACUCUGGCAACCGAUGAGUAGUGAAGCAAUUCCAAGGUUACCAAAUCUGAAUGAAAAAGGAAUACACUUCCCUAGCUGGUCUUGGCUCGCAUGGAAGCUCACCUGGGAAGGUGGUAUUGACUGCAACAAUUUCCAUAGAGCGUACGGCAGGGUGCGAUUCAGUCAUGAGUGGUAUUACCAGAUCAGUGAUAUCGCAGGCCAUGCGGGAUUUCUUUCUUUAUGUCGAUGGUACAGAUACAAAGAUCGCAAAUGGAAACAGAUUAUGUCAUCUUCGAAGAUCGAAGAAUCAAGAGAUAGCAGCAGGCACAUCGGAUUGGACGCUGUCGCAUUCGGAGCUGCUAUAUCUGUGAUCGAUGGCUUUAUAUACCCUGAGUUGCAAGAGGAAUGUCAAAUUAUCUAUUGCUAUGCUUCUAGAGGCUCUUUCCAGAUUGCAGAACGUAGCUUGCCAGAGGAGUUGCAACUUCAAUUGGGAGUCUCUGGCUUUCCAUAUGAUGGGUUGAGACUUCCCCAUUUGUGUAUUCUUGACAGUCGAGGAGCGAUUUGCGGUGUACUACCUCGGGGAGUUCCCCAUGGCACACCGGUAGAGGCAGUGUACGAUUUUAUUGCUAUAUCAAAGAUCUCUAUUCUUCGCCGGAUUCCGUGUAGCCACACUACUGAGGACGAAGCCAUAUUGUUCGGCCGUAAAAGAAAGAAAAGGAAGGAAGCGGACAAUGUGGAAGCGGACAGUGUGGAAGCGGACAGUGUAGAAGCGGACAGUGUGGAAGCGGACAGUGUGGAAGCGGACAGUGUAGAAGGGGACAGCAUAGAAGGGGAUAGCAUGGAAGCGGACAGUGUGGAAGAGGACAGUGUGGAAGAGGACAGUGUGGAAGAGGACAGUGUGGAAGGGGACAGCAUAGAAGGGGAUAGCAUGGAAGCGGACAGUGUGGAAGCGGACAGUGUGGAAGCGGACAGUGUGGAAGAGGACAGUGUGGAAGGAGAGUAUGAAAAGGACAAGACAGAUGACGACAGCGAAGUUGAGAGUAGCACGAUAGAAGAUUCAUGCUACUGUCGUUACAAUGUUCUUCUAGUUGAACAGAGAGGCAGCAUCGCCUACUCUAGAGUCGCGCUGGGCCUGAUUAUAUCAGAGGUAUGGGAACGAGAGAAAACUGAGAUGGUAUACGUCCAAUUAAGAUAA